ACAAUUGACCGCUUGUUGAUGGCGACUGUGAAAGGUGUGAAAAGUAGCUUCAGGUGCGUGUUUCAAAAGGUGGAAAACAAUAUUUAACAGUGAGUUGGCGUGGAAGUAUAGAACUAUUUAAUUUCGUUCGGCUUCAUCGAAAUAAUGAACGGAACAGGGGCAAUGGCAACUACAAUCUCGAAUGGCAACGAAUCACCCCAGAAUACAUCGUGGGUCUCAGAUGUUACAGCGGAGAGACAAUACAGAAACUGUGGCCUUCGACUGAGCUGUGAUCAUGAGCGUGCGCCAAACAAUCAAAGAGAACGCUUCGAACAUUCGUUGAAAAAGAAACAAAAUACCGAGUUUUAGAACAAAAAUGAAACUCGAUUCGCCGUAAUGGGCGUGUAUUGUCGUGCAUACAGCGCCGAUACUCGAUGCUCGUUCCUCGUUUUUUUUUCUUCCUAGAUAGAUUUCUGCGUCUCACCCUCAGGCUCUCGGACAUUUUGUGCGCGUGACCUUCAUUGCUCAGCCCCGAACACGGUUAAACGAGUCAAUAAUACGUAUAAAAAAAAAAGAUCAAAAAUGAAAAAAGCAAAUUCGAAUCCUUAUUCGUUUCUCGGGAGAAGUCAUAUAAAUAAAUAAACCGACAGACAAUAAUUGAUGAAAGAACAGAGGCCUCGUGAAAAAUGCGUUUCAAUCAACGUGUUUUGAUUUCUGUUCCAGGGACUAGUAGAGUACGCUCUCUAUCUUGACCAGUCAAGAACCAAAUUGUGCCAAUCCUUCAAAUAAUAAUAUCAACCCUACAAAUUUCAUCAUCGAACUAUAAAUAAAAACGCAUCGAUUUUUGGCGAGAGAUAUUUAUUCUCCUGCAGAAGAAAAUGAUAUUUUUGCAUGAACUCAAUUGAUGUGAAAAAUAUGGCGAAUGUGCUUUGGGCCUAUUCGACAUAUUUUUCAAAUUACAUAGAACUCACUUUCGAAAUUAUAUCUAUGAGGCUUGUAAAGCCACAACUUUGAUACACCGUCGAUAAUCGAAUCGAGUUUAUUGAUAAUAAUUUAUUAUGUGACUUUGUAUCUUCUCUACAUCCGUUUUUCCAUUCACAAGAUAACACAUUGUACGAGGUCAGGAUGAAAAAAAGCACAAUUUCAUUGCUCAUCACUGACAGCCUGUCUGUCUCGACAAUUUUAAUUUCUUUAAACUUACAGUUUCUCGGGAGGUCGAGCUUUGGGAAGCUGCUCCAUCGGCAACGUUACUUUUUACGUCCCAUUUGUGAAGAAAAAAUUUAAAAAAAAUGAACGUUUGGUCAUGCAACAACUAUGUCGCAAUUUUUUCAGAAACGAUACUUAACCCCUUUUGUGUACGAAUUUUUCGCUCAUUCGAGUAUCAAAAAUAUAUUUGACAAAAAACAAUCACAAAGUAUACCUUUAUAUUGAUAAAAAAAUAUUCCAGAAUUGGUAUUUUUUCCACUCUCGUGGAUAUUAUUGUGAUAUUGUAUUUCUACCAUCGCCAGUGUGUUUGCGAAUUAUGAAAAUUCGUUAAACGCAAUGCAUUGGACUUCUUGCCAGGACCGAUUUACGAUCUCAAUCAAACGGGGCAGGUCGUUGUUGGACCCGGAGCGAAGUAUCACACUCUGCCUGGCGCUGUCCUGCCAAAAAUUUCAUCAGAACAACAGGAAACUGUUAAUAGGGCGAAAAAGUAUGCGUUGGAGCAGAGCAUCAAAAUGGUCCUGAUGAAGCAAACUUUGGCGCAUCAACAACAGCAAAUGGCCAGUCAGCGGAACCAAGUGCAGAGGCAACAAGCACUCGCUUUGAUGUGCAGGGUAUACGUAGGAAGCAUAAGCUUCGAGCUCAAGGAGGACACGAUACGGCAAGCGUUUUUGCCAUUUGGACCUAUAAAACCAAUCAACAUGUCGUGGGAUCCAGUGACGCAGAAACAUAAAGGUUUUGCUUUCGUCGAGUACGAGAUUCCUGAGGCGGCACAAUUAGCGGUUGAACAAAUGAACGGUGUCAUGAUAGGUGGACGCAACAUCAAGGUGGUUGGACGGCCAUCGAAUAUGCCACAAGCACAAUCUGUCAUUGACGAAAUAACGGAAGAGAGCAAACAUUACAAUCGUAUUUAUGUCGCAUCAAUACAUCCAGAUUUGACGGAGGAAGAUAUUAAAUCUGUAUUCGAAGCGUUUGGGCCAAUAACUUAUUGCAAAUUGGCGCAAGGUAGCUCACCGCACAGACACAAAGGCUAUGGUUUUAUCGAAUACGAAACAAUGCAAUCCGCUCUCGAAGCCAUUGCUUCGAUGAAUCUCUUCGACCUGGGAGGACAGCACCUUAGAGUCGGGAGAGCCAUAACACCACCGAAUGCACUUAUGGGUCCACCCAGUGCUACGAGCAUGAUGCCAACAGCAGCAGCUGUAGCAGCCGCUGCGGCAACAGCAAAAAUUCAAGCUAUGGACGCCGUCGCGAGCAAUGCCGUUGCUCUCGGACUCACCAAGCUUGGAGCAACGACUCCACCCCUUCUCAACCCAGCUUUAUCAGGAAUCGUCAGACCUGCGACACCAUCAACGAUUCUUUCACCACCGAGUGUUGCGUCCGUCGCUCCCGCGAUUCCUCCUCCCGGAAUUGUUAUACCUCAACCUCUGACGAGACCGCCAACUGUUGUUCAACCAAUACCCGGUCAGGCGAUAGUGAUUCCUCCACCAACAAUAGUUGUCCCAACUGCCGUGGGCACACCAGUGAUUCCGGUAACCACGUCUCUUGCCAGCGACAUAAUAAAGCGAGCUCACGAGCAAGCUGCACAACAAAAACAACAGGAAGAGUUACAGAAAAAAUUAUUAGAAGAAACCGAAACUCAGACGUUACAGCAGCAAGAAAAUAUAUCAAUUAAGGGACACAGAGCCCGUCACUUGGUGAUGCAAAAAUUGAUGCGAAAAGUCGAGUCGAGGGUCGUGAUAUUACGUAAUAUGGUUUCACCGGAGGACGUUGACGAGACAUUGCAGGAAGAAAUCCAGGACGAAUGCUCUAAAUUCGGUAUAGUUGAGCGAGUGAUCAUUUACAACGAACGGCAGUCCGAGGACGACGAGGACGCAGAAGUUAUCAUCAAAAUAUUUGUAGAAUUUUCACAAAUGACCGAGGCCGAAAGGGCAAGAGAUUCACUCAACGGUCGAUAUUUCGGGGGUCGUCUCGUCAAGGCUGAACUUUACGAUCAGGCAUUGUUCGACAACAGUGAUUUCUCCGGUUGAAAUAAGCAGAUACAAAUUCCGUAAAAAUCGGAUGCGAGUCAAACGAAAUUGUUUUUUUCCUAUGGAAGAAUUCCUAAUUACAAAACACUGAUGUUUUACAGAUACGAAGUCUCAUAUUUCGAUGGAAUAUUGAAAAGCUUCAUCGUUUAGAUUUUCAAUUAAUUGCAACACUGAGGGGUUAUUGUGUCCGUAGUACAGAUCAAUGAAAAAAAUUAACAAAUAACGCGUUAUUAUAUCAACACUAUUAAUUCGUUUGCAAUUUACUUGGAAAUUUACGUGUACUUAUAAUUUCGGCGCACAAUUGAAUUUUUUUUCUUCAUCAAAAUUACUAUCACGAUUGAUGAAAUGGGCACUAGGCGAAGAAAACGGUAUUCAAUUUUUGUUUAAUCUUCCGGUAUUUUAGAACCAAAGUGUCAUCGUGUAAAAUAAUACUCGCUCGAGACAGAACGAAAUAAUUGUAAUAAACGCGGCGAGUAUGAUUUGUGGUCGAUAUGGCUUGAGGUGAUAACAAGAGUGACGAUGUCGGUAAAUGUUUAAUAACAUAGGAGUGACGGAAUAAAUUGUUUUACAAAACAAA